AUGUACCGCCAAAUAUGCAUGUCCACGAAAAACCUCGAUCUACAACGCAUUGUCUGGCGUCGUGAUCCGACGUUACCCAUAAAGGAUUAUCGCAUGUUGCGCGUUACUUAUGGCGUUGCCGCUGUGUCCUACUUAGCCGUUAAAUCGCUGCAACAAACCGCAAAAUAUUCGUCACAUAUUCGUGAGAAGGCUGCUGCCGUCAUCCAUAAGGACUUUUACAUGGAUGAUCUUCUCACUGGUGCGUCUUCUAAAGAAGAGCUGCUAUGUUUACAACGAAACGUCUCCGAAAUACUGAAGGAAGGGGGCUUUGAACUUCGAAAAUGGGCGUCUAAUUUUGCGGAACUUUUUGAAAAUGUUUCGAAUGCAUCGGAAAAUAUAUCACACUACCUAGUCGAUAGUAAAGAUGUCCAUGCCUUGGGCCUGAUAUGGAAUACAGAGGAGGACUACUUCACGUUCUCAGUUAAUCUGAAUCAUCCACCCACUAUUUUAACGAAGAUAACAUUCUUGCUCGCUCCAGCGACCAUAAGAUCAAAGAUGUGGUUUCAGGAGAUCUGGCGUAUGAGUGUCGGUUGGGAUGACGUUAUUCCAGACUGCAUCGCAGCACAGUGGCGACAACAUCGCUCGGAAUUACUACUGCUAUCAAGUUUAAAGAUAAGUCGCUGGUUUGGCUCAGGAGCAGGUGAGUCGUUCACUGAACUACAUAUUUUCGCUGACGCUUCCGAACGCGCUUACGCUGCCGUAAUGUACGCGCGCACAUUACACAACGACGGCAGUAUUACUGUCGUGCUGAUCUCGUCGAAGACUAAGGUAGCACCACUUAAAACAACAACCCCGCCACGCGUAGAAUUGUGCGCUGCACAUCUUGCUGCUAAAUUGGCGCGAAACGUGUUACAUAGCUGGGGUGAUCUCCGCUAUCCGAUCUCCGCUAUCCGAUGCUUGGACUGA